AUGUGGAAUCUUACUACUCUCAGCUUCAACGGAUGUGUAUCAGUAUCGAGAGAUGGGAAAUGGCAGAUGCGGAUCCUCGUCGCUUUUGUUUGCCUUGUCCUCGGUGCGCACGGCCAGGUCCGCUAUUCUGUUCCCGAGGAGAUGGCUAAGGGCUCGCUAGUCGGAAAUAUCGCUCAGGAUCUUGGUUUGGAUGUAAAAAGGCUGAAAUCAGGGAGAGCGCGGAUCUUUACCGAGGACAGUCGUGAGUAUAUCGGUCUGAAUGCGGACAAAGGGACAUUGGUCAUUAAAGAGAAAAUAGACAGAGAGGAGUUAUGUGGCCAGUUGUCGCCAUGCUCUUUGCAUUUCCAAAUCAUUUUGGAUAACCCGAUGGAGCUGCAUCCGCAGGACGGUGGCUCACCACCCCUCAGUAGCAACGUGAGUGUGAAAAUAAUUAUUCAGGACCAGAAUGACAAUGCGCCGCAGAUUCUGUAUCCAGUGCAGACGAGUGGCUCUCUUGUUGCUGAGAUUGUCCCUCGUUCAGCUGAUGUGGGCUAUCUGGUCACCAAAGUAGUGGCUGUUGAUGUGGACUCUGGACAGAAUGCCUGGCUCUCAUACAAACUGCAGAGAGCGACAGACAGGGCGCUGUUUGAAGUGGGUGCUCAGAAUGGAGAAAUAAGGACCAUUCGACAAGUGACUGAUAAAGAUACUGUGAAACAAAAGCUCUCUGUUAUAGUGGAGGACAACGGACAGCCCUCUCGCUCUGCUACGGUCAAUGUUAAUGUCGCUCUAGCGGACAGCUUUCCAGAAAUUCUCUCGGAGUUCUCUGACUUUACGCACGACAAAGAAUACAACGACAACCUGACUUUUUAUUUAGUUUUAGCUCUGGCUGUAGUCUCAUUCCUGUUCAUCGUGUCCAUCAUAGCCAUAUUGUCAGUGAAAUGCUACAGAUGGAGACGUGAGAGUAUGUUUUAUAAAUCCAACGGGAAUCUCCCCGUUAUUCCAUACUAUCCACCGCUUUACGCAGACGUGGGGGGCACGGGUACUUUACAACAUGUUUACAAUUACGAUGCCUACAGAACAACGGACUCAAGAAAAAGUGAUCUAAAAUAUGGUGGGCCUUGUGAUCAAAGUAUAAUCAGUCUGGAUACCAAUGAAGCGCACACCCUCGCACGUGCGCAAAGGGAGAUAACGGAGUUUGAUGGUGCUGACAACAAGAACUCGUAG